GGAUCAAUGUUUGUUUACACUUUGUGGAGUUGAGUUGGAGGAGUGAGUGAGGCAGUGAGAGUCAGUCAUCAGUCAGCUGCCGGGCUCUUGUUAUGUCCACUCCUCCCCUCACAAUGACUGAUUUAGAUUGGAAGCCUUUUUCCUUAACAUUCGUGGAAUAUCCUAAAGGAGAUACAAUAGGAAAAUUCUUGGCAAUAAGCAGCUUAGCACCUGUAGCCAUUGUCAUUGGGUUUGUUACCCUAAUUCUCUUCAGAAGAGAUUUACAUACAAUAAUGUUUUUUGCUGGGGCACUAUUAAAUGAAGUCAUAAACUUGGUACUGAAGAACAUUAUAGCAGAGCCGCGGCCUGUGCUACGAGGUGGACUCUACACAGAAUAUGGAAUGCCUUCAUCUCAUUCACAGAUGAUGUGGUUCUUUACUGUUUACUCGAUAUUAUUCUUGAUUUUCAGAUUACGUCACAUAAGUAACUCUGUCAUGGAGCUGCUGUGGAAAGUGCUGGUGGCUGUGGCUCUUGUUACUGCUGCUUUCAUUGUUAUGUUUUCCAGAGUGUACCUGCUGUACCAUUCAUGGAGUCAGGUGCUGUGGGGGGCACUUUUGGGUAUAUUACUAGGUUGUGGCUGGUUCACCCUCACACAUCUUGUAUUAACACCACUCUUCCCUGUUAUUGCUUCAUGGCACACCCAAAUCCAGAUAGGGAAUCUCCCUCUCAUCUUCCUGGACAGUAGAGUUAGAGGCAAAAGUCUGAGAAAAAUAGAUUUUCCUGAGAAUAUGAGAUCACUAUACCACCGGGAGUGUGUGUGAACGGCUUAUGAUUCGUGAUACGUCUCUGAUCCCUAACAUUUUGUGGUUUGAAUACACGCACGCACGUACUGAGAACAGAGCAAGAAGCCGCAAACUUACUUCUAUGAAGAGUCAGUAAUUUAUUCCUAGAAAACUUUGUGUGGACCAACAGGUUUGUUAACUUGGAAUAAUUGGUUUUAUUAUUUUUUUAAAUAAAAAAAUCAGGUUUGAUGACUAAACUUUUGAAAUUAUUGAGAAACACAAAAUAAAAAUAUGAACAACUACUGUCUUCACUUGUUUCCUACAGAUGUAGGUUUGUUGAUUUUAGUGUUGGGCAUAAAUAAUUAUUUGGUAAUUUUAUCAGUCCUACAUAUUUAAGCACAAUUGAAAGUAGCUCUUAUUUUAGUCAUACUGUACUGGAAUUGCUUUUGUUUAGUAAAUUCCUUUUGCAGAUUUAUUUUAAUGUAAACCAUCAGCGCUGUUAGUUUUUUAUUUAUAGACAAAAAUGGUACAUUCCUGGUAUCUAUUUAGCAUUUAUUCCAUGUUUGUUUUAAAAAAUUCACCCGGAUUUGGAUAUACAAGAUCAGUUUAUACACGAGUAUAUACGAUAACUGUUUGAAUAGUUUUAUUGUUAAAAGUGUAUCUGCCUGAUAUUUGUCUAAUUACUACUAUGUACAGCACUACAUUUAAGUUACUCAUAGUCGUUCAGUAUGUGGUACAGUAUAUGUCUUGUGUUAGCAGUGUUUUGUUUGUGACUUAAGAAUAUUUAUUGUAGGUUUAUCACCUUCAAGGCAACAAGUCCUAGUCUCACUGUUAGUAGUUACAGCAAACUUUGACAAUUAAAAUGAAUGUUAUAUAAUUGUAAA